CUGUUAUUGCCAGUUUCGCCCGAGCCGCCAGCGCUUCGUUACGUUGCCACGAAGGUAUCUACGUCGCGUACGAUCCGCCAAUGCGGGGAAUUCGAUUAGGGAGCCACGAAUCGUUAUCAGAAUGCCGAAAGCGUGCCGAACGCGUUUACGUAAUAGUUUUGUAGUACUCUAACUCCUACCGCCGUCGGAUCUAUUAUCAUUUUUUUGCUGUGAGUGCGUGAGAAGAGAGAAAUCGAAUCGAAAACCAGCAGCGAGCGGCGAGGAGCGUGGAAAACACGCGGACUACCUGUUGAUCCCAAGAUCUCUACGUGGAUUCGGUGUUUUCCUUUUUGUUUUUGCUGGUUGCCAAAGGUCGCGGGUGCAGAACCCUCGCCUCGCCGUGCCCGGUGCACGUGCAGUUGAACGCAGAAUCUUUCGAAUACCUGAAGUAUUUGAGCAAAGCGAAACGCACAUCAUGGCAGAGUCCCCGUUCCGCUCCACACCGCCCGCCUUCCCCCUGCGAAGGCUGAUGGUUCUGGUGCUACUACACCUGGCGACCCCCAUCGCCUGCUUCAACCUGGAACAGCGACUGCCCAUCGUGAAGUUCGGCCAUCCCAGGUCCAAUUUCGGCUACUCGGUGGCCACCCACACAAUUGGCGAGGUCAAUGGGCCCAACAAAACAAAUUGUGUUCUUGUGGGAGCCCCACUGGAUCAAAAUCGACAGCCGAACACCUCACAUUCCGGAGCCCUCUGGCGGUGUCCCAUGACGCAAAGUUUCAGUGACUGCGAACAAGUGAUCACCGAUGGCAGGCGAUCGAACGGAACAUAUGAGAUUCAAUUGAAUAAGACUUUCGAUAGCGAGAUCAUCUCACCGCCCGGUAACGACGAGAUCAAGGAGGACCAAUGGAUGGGCGUUACGGUGCGAUCGAGUCCCCUGCAGGCCAACGGAUCCGGAGGAAAGGUGGUCGUAUGCGCCCAUCGCUAUAUGUACAUCGUUCGGGAGAACCGCUAUGGCCAGGGUCUCUGCUAUUUGCUGACAAACGAUCUGCAGUUCGAAGAGGUGCACGAGCCCUGCAAGGGACGACCUGUGCAAAGGCAACACGAGGACUACGGACUGUGCCAGGCGGGCACGUCGGCCGCUCUGCUGGACGAUGACACCAUGGUGUUGGGCUCCCCCGGUCCCUAUACGUGGCGCGGCUCCAUCUGGGUGACCCAGGUGGGUGGGGAGUACCUGCAGCGCGACAAGACGACCUACUACAACGAUCACUCGGACACCACGUCGAAGGUGGAGAAGUACAGCUACCUGGGCAUGUCGGUCACCGGCGGCCGCUUCUUUGGCCAAAUGUCGUAUGCGGCUGGAGCGCCGCGUUCCCAGGGCCACGGCCAGGUGCUGAUCUUCGACAAGUCCACCAAUAACCCAAUACCAGUUCACCUGACCCUGGAUGGUGAGCAGUUCGGUUCGAGCUUCGGCUAUGAACUGGCCACCGCCGACGUGAAUGGUGACCAUCGACCCGACUUGAUAGUGGCAGCUCCUCUGUACUUCACCAAAUCGGAGGGUGGAGCCGUGUACGUGUACCAGAACGACCGGGAUACGCUGCCCCUGAAGUACACCCUCAAGCUGACGGGAGCUCUGGAGAGUCGUUUUGGGCUGGCCCUGGCCAACAUCGGGGACCUGAACAAGGACAACUGCGAGGAUCUGGCUGUGGGAGCUCCUUACGAGGGCAACGGUGUGGUCUACAUAUACUUGGGCUCCAGCCAGGGGCUGAAUGCCAAGCCAGCCCAGAAGAUCGCGGCCUCGGAACUGGGUGGCGUCAUGCCCACUGGCCAGCCGAUCCGCACCUUUGGCAUCUCGAUAUCCGGCAACACGGACCUGGACGACAACUCCUAUCCGGACGUGGUGAUCGGGGCGUUCAACUCCUCGGCAGCGGUGAUCCUGCUGGCCAGGCCCAUCAUCAGCAUCCAGACGAAUGUGGUCCGCGACCAGCUGCGCAACAUGGACCCCAAUAAGCCGGGCUGCCUCGCCGACCCCCUCAGCAAUCUCACCUGCUUCACCUUCGAGGCCUGCUGCAGCAUCGACCCGUACGACGAGAAGAGCAAGGAGCUCCGGCUGUCCUACAGUGUCGAGACGGAGACCUUCGAUCACCUGAAGAAGUUCUCGCGGGUCUUCUUCGACCGGGACAACAAGCGGAGCAACGUGCUCAGCCGGAAUGUGACGGUGCAGACGGACGGCAGGAUGCACUGCCAGUCGAUCACGGGAUACAUCAAGGCGAAUACCCGGGAUAUCCAGACUCCGGUCCGCUUCCGACUGAAGUACUCGCUGGUGGAACCGCCACUGGCCGCCUCCGCCUUGGUACGCCUCAACCCGAUACUGGACCAGACCCAGGCGCACAUCGACUUCGACGGCACCUUCCAGAAGGACUGCGGCGAUGACGAUCUCUGCGAGAGCAACCUGGUCAUACGGGCGGAGCCGAACAUCACACAGUCUUCGGGCAACGACUACACCUUGAUCCUGGAUGAAACAGAACUGGAGGUCCGCAUCAAUGUGAGCAACCUGGCGGACUCCGCCUACGAGGCUCAGCUGUUCAUCGUCCACCAGGCGGGAGUGUCGUAUGUGGCCACCAAGAAGCCGACGAAUGCCACCUGCAACAGCUACAACACCACGCUGGUCGCCUGCAGUCUGGGCAACCCCAUGCUGCGUGGCACCACCACCUUCGUGACCAUUCGCUUCCAGCCGAAGGGACUGGAGCCCAGCGAGAAGUCCAUGCUGUUCCACAUCUUUGCGAACACCACCUCCAAGCUGGUGGGACGCGAGCGCCCCGAACGGGACCUCCUGGUGCACGUGGUGCGCCGGGCGAAGCUGAACUUCCGCGGUUGGGCCAUUCCGGAACAGAGUUUCUACAGUGGAUCGAUUGCGGAGGCUAGUCCGUCAUCAGGUAGCGCCGCCUCCGAGGUCGAGGGUCACGGUCCCAUGGGCAUGGACGAUGUGGGCUCCCAGGUGCAUCACAUGUUCACCAUCUUCAACGAGGGACCCUCGACGGCGCCCAAGGUCCAAAUGGUGAUCCACUGGCCGUACUCCCUGUACAGUGACCCCCAGAGCGGGCGACAGCUUCAGUACCUGCUGUAUCUGGAGCAGAUACCCACCGUGGAGGUCAGCCAGGGCGAGUGCCACGUGGCCAAGGAGUAUGUGAAUCCCCUGAACUUGACCAGUGGCUCGAGGGAGAAUCCGGCCUACCUGAGCGCCCCGGCCCAGAUGAGGAUGUUCCCCUCGCAGUCCCGUCAUCCGUUCAACAAGAGCAUCAUCCACUCGCAGCGGUCCUACUUUUCCAGCAGCCAUCGGGAGGAGCAUGCGGAGGACUCGCAGGCACCCCGAAACCGAGUGCGUCGCAAUUUCCUGGAACGAGUCACCCGCCUGGAGAGGCUGAUGUACGAUCCCGAGAGCGCCAGUGCGGCGGCAUCCAGUGGCAAGAAGCAGGACAUCGUGGAGCUGGACUGCAACAAGGGCACGACAAACUGCGUACGCAUCGAGUGCGACAUCCUGAACAUGCCCGCCCUGUCCGAGGCCCAGGUGGUGGUGAAGGCCCGCCUCUGGAACUCCACGCUGGUCAGCGAGUAUCCCCGGGUGGAGCGGGUCAGGAUAUUCUCCACGGCCACGGCCCAAAUACCCGAGGACUAUGGCGUCGAGGUCAUGGAGCACAACAACAUAGAGGUGGAGACGCGUGCCUAUCCGGAGUUGAGGAACCAGCAGCUCGACACCUCGAUACCCUGGCUGAUCAUCAUCCUAGGCAUCGUGGGCGGACUGCUGCUCCUGGCGCUGUUCACCUAUCUGCUGUGGAAGUGCGGCUUCUUCAAGCGCAUCCGACCCACCGAUCCGACGCUCAGCGGCAAUCUGGAGAAGAUGAACGAGGAGAAGCCCUUCCUGGCGCCAGCGAAGAACUCGCAUCACGUUUUCUAACAAGAGGGCACCGUCGGCUGGGACCUGGUGCGCCGCCGGCGGCGUCGACGCCGUCUAAAGCUGCCACUUCCGGUUCCGCAGAGGCCACGACAUGGCUGGCGAAAAACUGCGGAAAAGUCCGGGAAUAGUAAUAACAACAUGAACAACAAUGACAGCGAUGUGGACGUGCUCUCGCUGACGCCGCCGCCGCCACCGCUCAGCAUCCUCAGCUGGGGAAACGAUGGCUACUACCAGGCCAGCGCCGCCUGGUGGGGUCACCACAUGUGAUCGGGUGGAUCACCAGUGGGUCAUGUGGGUUGUGGUUCAAUGUGCCAUUUCGUUUACUUAAUGCAGCAGGCUUAGUUCAGUUCAGUGGAUGCGACCAGGCGGACUUGGUAGCCGGGCCUCCGUCACUGACAUCAGCUAAAUCUGUGGAUAGCCAAGAGUUUAAGUAAUAAAUAAUCAAUAAAAAGUACUAGAGACGUCUCAUGUGCUUCGAGGCUAGAAAAAGAAUCGAAAUUCAAGAUUUUGUAAUAUUCCAAACUUUGAAAAGUCCACCUCGUUUCAAAAUCCAUUAUUGCAUAAGCAGUUUUUAUGAUAGACGGCAGUCUUUCUAUGGUGCUCCUUAAACCUCGACAUACUUAAAAAAUAAGGGAAUGAAACCGAAUUUUAGUUGUAAGGUUUCAAAACCCCUAAAAAAAAUUUACAAUCGCAAUAGCUUGACUUCUUAUAUAUUUGGCUGAUGUCAGUACUGAGCUUUAGUCUAACGAUUAGCUAAGCACCCAAAUGUAAAAAUGUUCAUUGUCAUAUAUAGAUCAUAUAUAGAUCUAAGCCUAGGCUAAGAGAGCGAAGCGAAAAUUCCGAAUAUAGCUUACAGAAGGAAAACACUGCCAAUAACAACAAAUCAAAAGUGCCUCGAAAUCGAACCAUAAUUCCAGUACUGGACACGUCUUAAAGAAAAACGAAAGUAUUAGCACAAACUUAAUGCAUAGCUAUAAACGAUCCACGAGUAACAGAAUGUAGCACACACGGGCAAGAUAAUAUUUUUUUUUUUGAUAAUUUUCCGCUUUUUUUGGUUAACUAAGUUAGGAUGAGAGUUUUUUUAUUUGUGGAAAACACCAGAGAUGUUCGUUUGCGUUUGUAUGUAUGUGUGGGGUCCAUAUUAAGUUAAAUUAGUUGUAAAUAAAAAUGUAGUACUAGCUGUAAAUAGUAAUUACUCUAUGUUUCUUUAACUAUUUAAUAUACGAUUCUUUUUUUUAAGAACA